GACAUUAAACAGAUAAAAAAAACAACGGCAGCCAGAUUUGCACAUUGUUGUGUUAUUUUCGUGUGAAACAAUCGAAUUUUUGGCGCGUUUACCCUCGCUCCAUCCAAGAUGUAUCGUUCGAAAACUGCAUUGAAUUUGAUCCAGCAACUGGAACGAUUAAGCGCAACUUCCAGCAAUGUCCUCGCAGCACGCCACAUACAAACGAUGAGUGUCACAAAACCCGCACACGUACGACAUUCUUGGUCCCUUUAUUCUCAUUAUCCUACGCACGGGAUUCAAUCGCGAACCUUUAGCACCGAGAAAGACACAGCACGUGUGGAGGAACUGACCGAGAAUGAAAAGAAGCUGACACAUGAAAUGGAAGAGAUGCGCAAGGAAAAUGUCGAAUUAACAGAAAAACUCAAAACGUACGAUGAUAAAUACAAACGUGCUUUGGCAGAGAGUGAAAAUAUUCGCAAGCGAUUAACGAAACAAAUCGACGAUGCUAAACUAUUCGGCAUUCAAGGAUUCUGCAAAGACUUGCUGGAGGUGGCCGAUAUUUUGGGCCAUGCAACGGAAGCUGUUCCCAAGGAAGAGAUUUCAGAUAAGAAUCCUCAUUUGAAGAAUCUUUUCGAGGGACUUUCAAUGACUCGGCAACAGCUCAACAGUGUGUUUAAACGGCACGGACUAGAGACGGUUAAUCCGAUGAAUGAAAAGUUUAACCCCAAUCUGCACGAAGCAUUGUUCCAGCAGGAAGUAGCGAAUGUGGAACCCAAUACAGUCGUGGUAGUCAGCAAAAUCGGAUACAAGCUGCAUGACCGCUGUAUACGUCCCGCACUCGUUGGUGUAACGAAGGGUUAAUAGAGAUCAAUAGACACGUACAAAAGGAAGCAGGGCGCACACAACACAACAAAUCGAAGGACACUGGUUAUCGAAAUAAAGUCGUUCGUUAGAAGGACACAUGAAUAAUUCCACAAUAAAAAAAAGUAGCGUGUGUUUCGAAUACACCAUCCAUGUUAA